AUGUCGGUGGCGAACGACGUUUCGGCGGUACGGUUCGGCCGGUGGUGGUGGUGCUGGCGGAGACGAAGGAGGAGUACUACUGGUACCUGCGGGCCAACGAUGCCAAUGGGACACACGAAGACGACGAUCGUCCUUCUCGGUGUAUUGGCGGUGAUAUGCGCCCUCCUGGGCACCGUGGACGCCGUCGCGAGGACGAAACCGGACGAGCCUCGGGGCAAGGGCGGUCACAAGGACGCGGAGCCUGUCAUCGAGGAAGUCAAUGCCAAGCAGCUCGAACGGCUCCUGAACGAGAAGGAUUUUGUUGCCGUGUAUUGGUACGCAAGAAGCUGCACGACAUGCGACAAGGUGCUGGCCGAACUGGAGAAGAUCGACGACGACACGGACCACUUCGGGGUCGAUUUCGUCAAGAUCAACGACAAACGACUGGCCAAGCAGUAUGGUAUCAAAAACUUCCCAGCACUCACGUAUUUCCGUGAAAAGGAGCCGAUCAUUUACGAAGGUGACUUGAUGGACGAAGAAAAUGUCUUGGACUUCCUGACGAGUCUCGAGGCAAUGGACCUGCCCGAUCGUAUCGAAGAGGUGAACUCGAAGAUCUUGGAGAAGAUCGUCGAGGACACGGAUUUCGUGGCAGUCCUUUUCUGUCCGGAUACGCAGCGGUGUGCUGGCACCGGUUCUAACAAGCCAGACUGCAAAAAGUGUCUGAAGGCCCUUCAAGAAUUGGAGAACAUCGACGACGAGGCCGACCAGUUGGGUAUCGGUUUCGUGAAGAUCGCGGACGAGCAGCUCGCGGACGAGUACAAUCUGGGCCCUCUUCCCGUUCUGGUCUACUACAGGCAUCAAAUUCCUAUCAUUUACGAGCACGAGCUUAGUAGAGAAGAGGACGUGCUAGAAUGGCUGGUAGCGAACAAGAGCACAGGAGACGAGGAGGACGUGAUCGAGGACGUCACAUCGAAGACCUUGCAGACCCUUAUCGGAAAUAUCGACAAUCUGGUCGUUUUGUUCUACGACCACGGUGACGAGGAUUCGAUGCAGGUGUUGAACGAACUAGAGAAGAUCGACGACGACUGUGAUAAACACGGGAUCCAGUUCGUGAAGAUCGACGACGAGAAAGCGGCGAAGGAAUUCGGGAUCGAUUCGGUUCCCGCGAUCGUCUAUUUCGAGAAGCAGAUCCCAAAUGUUUACGAUGGAGACGUUGAGAACGAAGACGAGAUCCUGGAAUGGUUGCUGUCGCAGUUGGAGAAAGACGAGAUCGAAGACGUUACCGACGAAAUGCUGGAUCGGUUGAUCAAGGAUGGAAAGACUCUUGCCGUGCUGUUCUACGACAACAACGACCGGAGGUCUCAGAAGGUUCUGAACGAGCUGGAGAACAUCGAUGACGAGUGCGAUCAGUUGGGGGUGAUCUUCGUGAAGAUCGACAACGCGGACGAGGCCAAGGAAUACGGUAUCGAGAAGAUGCCCAGUAUGCUCUAUUUCGAGAAAGGAAUACCAACGUUGUACGAGGGUAAUCUGGAAGACGAAGAGAAGGUUCUGAAAUGGCUGGAGCAACAGCAGAAGAGCGAUCACAUCGAGGACAUCACCGACGAGAUGCUCGACAUGGUCAUCGAGAAGAUGCCGCACGUAGCCGUCCUCUUUUACGAUAAGGAUCAGAAGAAGAGUCAGAAGGUCCUCGCCGAACUGGAGAACAUCGACGACGAUUGUGAUCAGCAUAACAUAGCGUUCGUCAAGAUCUCCGAUCUGGAGGAAGGAAAGGAGUACGGUAUCGACAGUUUUCCGACACUGGUACUCUUCGAGAGAAGAAUACCGCACGUGUACGAAGGCGACCUGAUGAACGAGGAUCAGCUGCUGGGCUGGCUGCUGCAUCAGAAGAAGCACACUGAGAUACCGGAGGUGACAGACGAGAUGAUGGAGAAGCUGAUUGAGACCUCGCCGUACUUGGCAGUCCUGUUUUACGACAAGGACGACAAACAGGACAUACGUAUCCUGAACGAGCUGGAGAACAUCGAUGACGAGCUGGAGAAAGAGGGCAUCGUCAUAAUUCGGAUGGACAACGACGCCGAGGCGAAGGAGUACGGUAUCGAUCAUCUGCCGACAUUAGUCUAUUUCGAGAACAAGAUCCCGGCGAUCUACGAGGGUGAUCUACUGAACGAGGACGAGGUGCUCGAGUGGUUGAUCGAGCAGAAAAAUACGGCCACCAUCGAAGAAGUCACGGACGAGAUAUUGUCCGAUCUGAUCGAGGAACACGAAUACGUCGUCGCGUUCUUCAGCGGGGAUUGCGAGGAGGGAGACGAGUGUGAUAAAGUCCUGGAAGAACUCGAGAACAUCGACGACGAACUGGACGAGACGGGCAUCAUCUUCGUCACCACGGAGGAUACUGGAUUCGCGAAGAAGCAUGGAAUCAAAAGCUUCCCCACUCUGGCCUUCUUCAGGAACAAGGAACCAUUGAUCUUCAAGGGCGACAUCGAGGACGAAGACGAAGUGCUGUCGUGGAUCACCGAUGAGGACACUCUCGAGAUCCCUGGAAAGAUCGAGGAAGUGAACGGCAAGAUGCUCGAAAGUAUACUGGAGGAGAAUGACUAUGUCGUUGUCUUCUUCUACAAAGAAGGUGACAAGAAGAGCCAAAAGAUCCUGCAAGAGCUCGAGAAUAUCGACGACGAGUGCGAGGAGAAGGAUAUCGAUUUCGUGAAGAUCUCGGACGACGGUAUAGAGAAGGAAUACGAUCUUCCUGGUCUGCCAGCGUUGGCGUUGUACAGACACAAGUUCAGGCAAGUGUACGCAGGCGACAUGAUGCACGAGGAGGCCAUAUUGGAAUGGAUCCUAGAGCUGCGAACCCAAACCCCGGAUGUGAUCGAAAGCGUGGACAGGAAAACACUGCAAGUGCUCAUCAACGAUGUCGAACAUCUUGCUGUAUUCUUUUACGACGAUAAAUGCGAGUCGUGCCCGGAAAUCUUGGAGGAGCUAGAAACCAUUGACGACGACACCGACAAACACGGUAUACAAUUCGUAAAGUCGAAUGACGCUAAAUUAGCCGCUGAGAUCGGCGUAUUCUCGUUCCCGGCUCUCGUUUAUUACGAGACUGGCGUUCCCAUCAUGUACGACGGUAAUCUGCUCGACGAGAGCGAGGUGCUCGAUUGGAUGGUGAAACAGAAGACGGACGAGAGCAUCGAGGAGAUCGAUCGUGACACCCUUGCCAAGUAUAUCGAGACGAAAGAAUUCCUGGCUGUCAUUUUCUACAAGGAGGAGGAUCCAGAGAGUCCCCGUGUGCUCCGGCACGUCGAGCUGAUCGACGACGAGGCUGCUGAGUACGGGAUAAAGAUCGUCCGGAUGAAGGAUCGUCUGAUGGCGAAGAAGUACGGAUUCCGGAACCCGCCGGGGAUCACGUACUUCCGGAAGGGUAAAAACAUCAACUACGACGGGGACAUAGACGACGAAGAGGAGAUCCUCGAUUGGCUGACCAAUCCCGAGAACAUGGAGCUCACCGAUCACAUCGAGCGUAUCAACAAGAAGAUGUUCCACAAAAUACGACAGACGACCGAUUACCUGGCUGUGUUCUUCUACAGCAACGACUGCAAACAGUGUGGCAGAGUGCUGGCAGAGAUCGAGCACAUCGAUGACGAAGCUGACGGAGCGGGAAUCAAGUUCGUCAAGAUCGACGACAAACAACUGUCCAAGCAAUACGGCGUGUUCGCGCUGCCCGCCAUUUUGUUCUUCAAAAUGUCCUCGAAGGAACCAGUCAUUUAUGCAGGUGAUUUGUAUGACGAAGAGCAAAUUCUCCAGUGGCUGAUGACGCAGAAGGAUCCAUCCGGAGAGGUAAUCGAAGAUUUGGAAGGAGAGGACCUUCUGAAUUUGAUUAGAGAAUCGGAAUCACUGGCGGUGUACUUCUGGAACAGAACGCUUUGCGAGUUGUGUCAGGCAAAAAAUCAGCGCAAGCAGGGCCGUCACAGGGACCACAGGAACGUCGAACACGAGGCGGCCGAGGAGCUCGAUGACGUCGAAGACUGCGAGCAAUGCGUGGGAAUUCUGGAGGAAUUGGAGAACAUCGACGACGACUGCGACAGACAUGGCAUCACGUUCGUUAAAACUCAAGAUUACAAAGUGGCAGAAGAUUAUGGCGUCACUGACUUUCCGGUGUUAGUUUAUUUCGAGAACCAAGUGCCUAACGUGUUUGAAGGCGAUUUAUCAGUGGAGGAAGAGGUUUUGCAAUGGCUGAUCACGCAGAAAACUGAAGACAGAAUCGAAUUGAUAACCAGAGUGAUGCUGGAAACGUCGGUAGAAGAGACCCAGUACCUUGCGGUAUACUUCUGUAGGUGUUAAACACUUCAUUGGUAUAAAUUAUAUUCUUACAAUUUACAUGAAAAAGAAAACUUCCAACACUUUGUUCCUCUUGCAGAUAAACAAAACUGUCAUAUAUGCGAUGAAAUUUUGGAAGGACUGGAGAAAAUCGACGACGAAUGCGACGUUUUCGGUAUUCAUCUGGUGAAGAUUCAGGAUCCACAAUUGGCGAAACGAUACUCGAUCAAAACUUUCCCUGCUCUCGUCUACUUCCGAAAUGGCAAUCCUCUUUUAUUCGAAGGUGAUUUACAAAACGAAGAAUCGGUUCUCGAGUGGUUGAUCGACGACGACAACCGCGAAUUGGCAGACGAGAUCGAGUCCGUGAACGACAGGAUGCUGGAGAGACUUAUGGACGAGUCACCGUUCCUGGCAGUCUUCUUCUAUGACGAAGAUUGUCCCGAGUGCGACGAUAUCAUGGAAGCCUUGGAAAAGAUCGACGGUGAGGCAGAUUUGUUCGGUAUCGAUUUCGUGAAGAUCUUCAGUCCGGAGGCCGCCGAGAAAUACGGAAUUCUGAAUGUCCCAUCCCUCGUCUACUUCCGUAAAAAGACGCCGUUGAUCUACGACGGGGAUCUAACGCAAGAGGAUAAGAUCCUCUCGUGGUUAACUUCGCAGGACGUCUUCGAGAUCAAGAACGAGAUCGAGGAGGUCAACAAGAAGAUGCUGGACAAGCUGCUCGACGAAAACGAGUUUCUAGCUGUUUUCUUUUACGAACACGAUAACAAAGAGAGCGAGGAAGUGAACGAGAAGUUGGAGAACAUCGACGGCGAGACGGACAACUUGGACAUCACGUUCGUCAAGAUGGCCGACCCGAGAUACGCCAGAAAAUGGGGCGUCACUAAGCUUCCUGCCAUUGUCUAUUUCCGCAAGAGAUUCCCCAGUAUUUAUCGAGGUGAUAUCCACAGCGAGCACGACGUGCUGGAGUGGCUGCGCAAGAACAGGUACCGUCAACCGGAGCUGAACAUAUACAUGUACAUGCUGAUCGCCAUCACCAUGCUGUUCGCCAUGUACACCGGCUUCCUCUUGUCGUGCUUCCGAUCGGAGCCCGCGGCGCCUGCGUCGCAUCCGAAGCAAGCGUGAGAACACGGACACGGGACCGGAAAAUGCCAGGGAAAAUGAAACGAUUACAGAGACUACACGUGGACUGUUGCUGCGCGAAUGUGCGUUGUUGUUGCUCCGACUUGUUUCACUUAAAUGAACGCCGUUCGUCCGGAACGAACGUAAUACGAUCAAGAAUGGCUCGACGAGAUUCGACGAUGAUAGAGACCUGUCGUUGCGCGUGGCAU